CUAGUUUUUCAGCAUCACUCUGAGACAGGAUAUUUCUAACUUUAGAGAUGUUGGUCACAUGAGAGGAAUGUGUGGGUGACAGAACAAAUUAACCUUCUCAAGUUUGGAAAACUGUGUCCAUGAGGACUCCAGCAUCACCACGUCUCACCUGCUGGUGAGGACCCGCCUCUGCCUUCGUGCAGACCAACCACUGCACAGCGUUACUGACAGGAGGAUCGUUUACAUGGUGGACACAAUCCGAGUGCUGCAUCUGCCAAUCAGCAGUGAUUUUCUCUGUGUAGCCCCUCCCACAGACACAGCUAUGCGCCAGUUCUCACCUGACCCAAUGCAGCACUGACAGCGUGUCAUUGGUGACCAUUUAAGCCAAUCAGCUGCCAGAUGAAACUGAGGAAGUGAAAUUAUUAAUGAGCCCUGAAUGACUCCGGACAGCUAGCAAAGAGCCAGCUAAACAACAACAGCUAACAACAGUUUGGCUCGACUGUCCUAAAAAUCACACUUUGCCUCAGAUAAACAGUUUGAUUCCAUCCUCACAUCAAACAUAGUUAGAUCCACUUCAGAGACAGUUUCAGUAACAGCAGCUAAUAGAGGCUAACAGAAGCUAACAGCAGCUAACAGAAGCUAACAGCAGCUAACAGAGGCUAACAGAAGCUAACAGCAGCUAAUAGAGGCUAACAGAAGCUAACAGCAGUGCAUAUUGACAGAAAGUUCAGCAUAUUUUCAACAGCUCGUCUCAGUAUCACUGUCAUCAGACAGAAGUGAGUUUCACUCACUCACUGACUCCUCCAAAGUAAAUACAGGUGGACACCAGCUGACACCAGUGAUCUGACAGCUUACACUACAGAUGAAUGUUUUUUUGGCUGACUUCAGGGGUAAAAAUGUUAAAUCCUGCAAAAUACUUGACACAUAUCCGUUUCUUAUUUCUGAUUUACUGCUAAAUAUUGAUAUUAUUCAAAUAUGUUAAAAUGUAAUGUGAAUAAAAUGUUUUUAUAUAUAAACAGUAGUAGAAGGCCAGGCAUGGCCAUUACGAGGUUUGAAGCCUAACAGUUAGAAACAAACAAAUAAUGGUGCAGUAACAUCUACUGUUGAUGUGAUCAUCACCAUGAAUCCAGGGCGCUUCUGUCUGGUGACCUCGGUAUAUCAAUGUUGAAAUAGUGGUAAAACUGUGGGAGGAGCCACAGGAGUUCAGGGUCGGAUCUGAGACCCCUUAGGAAGGACUUUCAUUAGACGUCAAAGAACUUCUGUCCACGAGCUCAGGCAGGAGACCUCGAGUGAGACCAGAACCUGCUGGUCUGGUCUGGGAAUGCCUCAGAAGUCUGGAAUAUUGCUCAGCCUGCAGGUGACCUGACUUUGAUGGAUGGACAUGUUUUUACAAGCAAACACUUCUGAUGAGCGCUGGGGUCAGAGUGCAGCUUGUUUUUGUAACAUUUUUUAUUGUUGGCAAGAGUGUUAAUAAAAAAAUCGUUAAUCAUGAAACAGAAACACGAGAACACAAAGAGAAGAAGAGCGUUUGAUCAGGUCUAAAUGACCUGUUCAAGUUCAAUAAGGAGAAAGAGGUGAACAUGUUUCGGUAAAACGACCCUGAUGGUUUCCAUCACAGGCACGAACGUCAGGCUCAUAUCGGGCUUCCUUCUUCAGCGAAUUCUGCUCAGCCCGGACGUAAGUGAAGGAGGAAGAAACCACAGUGACAUCAGAAACAGUCUGGCACCCGCACUUCCUGUCUCAUGACAUCACACCGUUUCCUUAAACUCAGAGGAAAUACACCAGACAAGCCUUUUAUGGAAACGUAAGGUCGGUUAAGUUCACUGAGCAAAACCAUGACAGCAGGUCAUCGGUGAUGAAGCAGAAUUCAAACAAACACGAAGAAGCUCGGAAAACAAACCUCAAACAUCUGAAGACGAAUCAAACUGAAACUUCAGGCAAGGCAUGCAGUCAAUGAACCAAAACCAGAACGCUGUGUGUGUGUGUGUGUGUGUGUGUGUGACUGGGUGGGGUCUGAAUAAAAGUGUGUCCUGUCAGAUAUCACAGACCACUUCUCUCCAGCUCACCCUCCAUGAUCAUGCAGACACAGACAAACAGCCGAAACUAUACCGAACAUUUCAUAGAGGGUCAGCAUGUGCGGCUGAAUGAUUUAAGAAGUAUAGCUGAGCGUCAGGGUUUGGAGAACCAGUACCUCUACAAAGAAGACGUCCCUGAAUACCCCCGACCUGAGUUCUACGUGUCUCACCUGAAACAUGACACAGAGCGCAGGGGGCUACGUGGGGUCUGGAAGGACAGAGGCUUCAAGGAUCCUCGUGGAUGGUCCUCGGAUCCUCGCCAUCUCUCCCUGGUGUGGUGGAGUCUGGCUGUGGGACCUGAGGAGAUCCAAGCGGCCGAGACGAGGCUCCUGGAGGAGACCUACCCGGACCGGAUGGAGGAGCAGGCUGCAGAGCAGGAGAGCUUCCUCUGGAAGUUCGCCUCCUCUCCAGCCUUCAAGAGGAGGUCAAGACUGGGCUCAUACCGCUUCAGGUUCCCUCUGGAGGAGGUGCUGACGGCCUACAGCGAGCAGUUUUGCUCCGGAGCUCCGCCCAUCAUGAGGGUGUUCAAGACCUCGCUGUACAAACAGGAAGUGCAGUACUCUGUGCUGGUCCACAGCCCGGCCAAUCAGCAGUUCUUCUCAAGGUUUCCUUUGCUCCCUGAUGAUGACCCGGACGCCGUCUGCACUUAUAGAGACGGACGCUUCAUCUGGAGACCGGAGGCCAUGUGUAAGACACACAGCUACGAGUUGAUCCGAGGACCUGACGAGAACCAGAUGGACGCUUGGGGACCGAUGAGGCCCCCGGAGUUUUAUGUGUGGGAUCACGUCGCCGUCGCCCUGCACGUGGAGAACAGACAGGUGCUGAGGUUUGAUCCUGAUCAGCUGAGAGAAAACCUGAGGUUCUGCUGGUGGGACAACAGGACAAUCAUACCCCAAACACACUUUGAUCACUUCUGCAGAGCCCACUCCCUCCUUAGACGCCUGUGGCCCAGAUACUCCCGGCUGGAGAAGGAGCCCCCGCUCCGGCCUACCUGAGGCAAUGAAUCCACAUUUCUCCUGACAGCUGCCUCGAGUGGACACUAGGAGAACUGCAGUCUUGCAUUAAUGUGUGUUUUUUUUUUUGUUUUCUUAUAUGUGAAUUAAAAAUACUUCAGUAAAAGUAAAAA